GCGGUCUCGUGAUUUUCGGAGAGGGCGCUGAAUGUGUCGUCCGUCAUAUGACACUUCUUCCAUCGAUCCUCCCGAAACAUAAUUUUGACUAUCUUUAACAUUUCGGGCCUGUUUUGGGUAGUUUACAAGACUUUAUUUCCACAAUGAAGCUACGCAACUUGCUGCUCUACAUCGCGAGCCUCGCUCUGCUUUUAGCAAUCAUCGUGAUAGUGCUUUUCUAUUUACUAUCUGGGCGAGGAGAGCAACUGAGUAUUGGUUGGUUCUUGUCAGAAACCUCCCCAUACAUGUGGGCAACAUUAGGCAUUGGACUUUCUGUUGCCUUGUCUGUCGUCGGAGCUGCUGUGGGCAUCCACACGACCGGUGUGAGUAUUAUUGGAGGUGGUGUCAAGGCACCCCGCAUCAAGACCAAGAACCUCAUCUCAGUCAUCUUCUGCGAGGCGGUGGCCAUCUAUGGCCUUAUUACAGCUAUUGUUCUGUCUGGCCAAUUGGAGCAAUACAAUGCUGCUACAAUCACAGAGGAAAAGAAGAUUACAAAUUACAUGUCUGGAUACCUCAUGUUUGGUGCUGGUAUUAGUGUAGGCCUCGUCAAUUUGUUCUGUGGUAUGGCAGUCGGUCUAGUUGGUUCUGGUGCUGCUCUCGCUGAUGCUGCAAACUCUGCACUCUUCGUUAAAAUUUUAAUUGUGGAAAUCUUUGGAAGUGCUAUUGGUCUCUUCGGUUUAAUUGUGGGAAUUUACAUUACUUCCAGUGUUAGAAUGGGUGAUAACUAAAUGUCAAGUUACUGAAGAGUAUUAUGUAGCCUGAGAUCCUCGACUUGUGUCAAGGCAUAUGACAGAAAACGAUUUUGAGUGUUGCAUUUAAGAGUCGAGAAUCUAAACCUUGUUAUCAUACAUAUUUGUGUUGGCAAGUAUGUGAAGUAUGUACCAUUAUUCAUUCUAAGUCACUAUAGCAGCAUCAGGCUACUUAUCUGGAGCCUUCAAGUUUAUUGUGGGUUCAGCUAUCUGCUGAGCACCAUUGUAGCUUCUGGCAAUGUGUAAACAAUCAGUCUCAUACUGUUACUGAAGAUGAAAAACAGACCUCCUGAUAUGUAACUGUUACUUUUUCCCCAUAAAAACUAUUUUCAGUAUUCGCAACUAUGGUCUGAGCUGUUCCACUAAUACCACCUUUUGCUGCUUUCUUUUUUUCAUUUGUCAUGUUUUAAUAACUUCAUUUUGUCAAUGUAUUGGCCGAAAUACAUUCCAAAUUUGUAUAUAGACUGUAGGCAGGCACAUGGAAUUAUCAGACGCCUUAAUGUCAGUUGUUCACUAUUGUAAAUUAACUCUAUCACCAGAUUUUUAUUUUAUUUUUAGCCACUCAUUGAUCAACGUAGUGAAUGAUUGUGUAUUGUAUUUUUCUGUUGUUGAAAUUGUAAAAUAUGUGAGAGUGAGUUAUGUUAAUGUCUAAGCUACCAGAUUUUUCUGAGCUGCUUCCAAAUUUAAACACAUGUUAUUAAUUAUUUUACUUUUGAUUUGUGGAGUAAUUUUCAUAUUUUGUUUUGUAGGGAUAUUACUGGUCUGUCUUGUAAAUAUCUAUGCAAAUAUUCAGACAAUUAGCAUUCAAAUUGUUAAAAGCUGUCCUGCUUCUUGUACUGUACUUAACAGAUUUAAAGUAAAUGGAAAAAAUGGUUAACAGCCAAUUUUAAUGUAUCUUUGUUGAAAAUAUAUUUCAGCAAUGACUAUCUUCCCCUUUAAUUUAACAGAGAACUGUAAUUAUAGGAAUAAAUUAAAGGACAUUCAAGACUCA